GUCGAAUCAGCGGGCCUUUAUCAGGUAAGCCUUUUACCUGUAGCUCUUCAUCGUGAAAGGACAAGCCAACCGGUAAUAUAGAGGCCAAUAUGCAGCCAUCUUCACGUAUAGGGAUACGGCUGGCAGGUGAGAUUCAGGUUCCAGCUCUUCUGUAUGUCCAAUUCUACAAUGACUCGACUAUCCCAAACUUCAUUAGGGAUGCGUCCCAACCAUACGGCGGGGUCCAGCCCUACACGCACGAAGCAUCGCGGAUGCUGUGCGCCACGUGGCAUUUGUACUUCACGUUUUGCAGAUUCGUAAACUCGGAAGAGAGGCUGUACGUACUGGAGUCUUGGCGACCGAAGACGAUGGUCGGCCCUCGGACCGCAAAGGUAUACCCCCUGUACGACGGCUUGAGGCCUGUUGACUUCCACUUCUUAGAGAACUACCAUUACCGGCAGCUCGAGGAGCCGGACGAGGUACCGCACGAGGACGCGCCGGUCUGGUGGCCGAACGUCGUGGUCCGCCUGUCGGAAGUGUACCGCAGCGUUAUACAGCUGGACAUGCUGGACGAGGGCGGCGCGAAGAAGUUCUUCGGGUUCUUCGCCAGGCCGUACGUGCGCAUGCAGGAAUACUGGAUCCUGCUCGACGACAAGGCGUUCGACAUGCCCCUGGACAAAGAUCUGGUAGCCGAAGACGGCCAGAUCGAUUUCCUGUACUGGAACUCUCCGGACGAUGCCAUGAGAGGUAAGCUGAGGCGCGGACUGGAGGAUUGCGUGAGCUACGACACGCUGAAAAGGAACCUGCAGGAUAUCGUCCCCGUCAGCGAUAUCGACCAGCUGAGCCGGCUGCAGAAGUACCGGCUGCGCAUAAUAGCGGCGUACCUGAGGGCGUGGGGUGACAACGCCCCUGUGAAGCCCCGGCUCGUGCGGUACGGCGUUGCCGACGAAGUACGCCGCGGAACACCGCCGGCUUUGGUUGACGUCGUCGAUGAGAUAGAUAGGUUGGAUCCUCACCAGCGUAUCGGACUGAGGACAGUACCUGCUAUCGAGCUCCGCUAAGUAGGGGCCCAUUGGGUGGCGAGGGGUUCACGUCGAUGAAAGGUCUGUAUUCUUCGAGGGCUAGUACAUGUAGUAAAUGUAGAAAUUAGGUAGGUACCUAAUACCCGAGCUGACGGCUUUGAGAUCACCACCCAUCGGGUAUCACACAGCAUAAUCAGUAACAUUCCCUCGAAUACUCAAAGCCUGCGAGGGGUAAGCCCUGGGCCUCGCAGAUUGAGGUACAAUAUUCGAUGGUCAUGUUGUUGGCUAAUUUAGAGUAUCUACCUAAGGUAGGUGCCCAAUGUCCUUAAAGCACCGUUAUCUGCUGCGCAUCCGGCGAAUACGAGCGUG